AUCCACAUCCUUGGUUAGGUGGCUUCCACGCAAGACAUUUAUUAAUACUACACAUACAUACAACUACGUACAUACGUUGAAGCGAGCUCGCUAAUCUCAUCAACGAUGUCGAAUGACAUGAUUAACUGCAUGACGCUAUAGACAAAUCUCGGGUUUCCGCAUCUUCUUAAGCUAUCCCACUUUUUACUCACGUCUAUAUCUACGUCUAGGUAUUUAUAUUUAUAUUUAUUGGGAUAUUUAGUCCUAAUCAUCCAGCCCCAACAUAUUACAUACAUAUCACUACCCCCUUACUUCCCAAAAGGGGUUCCCGAUUCACCUCCGCACCAGCCAUGACUUCACAUCCUUCGCCCCCUCGACGUCGUAUCGUCGGCGUCUCCACCAAAAUGUACUUCUCUGCGGCGCGGACCAAGCAAUACGUCCACGAGCUCUUACAAAUCAUUUCUUCAUCGUCACCUUCGCCGGGUCUCCUAGACCAAGUUGACGUCUUCGUCAUCCCGGAUCACGUCACGCUAACGUCGGUCGUCUCACAAUUAGAAGGCACCGGGAUUCUCACCGGCGCCCAGGAUGCCUUUUACGAGGACGCCGGCGCUUACACGGGCGAAGUCUCACCCGCCGUCCUCGCCGAGGUUGGCUGCCGCAUCGUCGAGCUCGGCCACGCCGAGCGCAGGCGUAUCUUCCGGGAGACGGACCUCGACACGGCGAGGAAGGCUGCCGCGGCUGCUCGGCACGGCAUGAUCCCGCUGGUCUGUAUUGGCGAACGAACGAAAGGGGAAGGCGAGGAAACCACGAUAGUAGCUGUCGACGAGUGUAAGCAGCAAGUUGAAGCAGUUCUAGCAAGUCUGCCCGACGAGGCCGAGGUUGUCCUAGCCUAUGAGCCCGUCUGGGCUAUAGGUGCUGCCGAGCCGGCCGAUGCUCAGCAUGUAGUCGCCGUGACUCGCGAGAUCAGGGCACUCGAGUGUGUGCGGCAGCGGAAGGGAACUACGAGAAUCUUGUACGGCGGCAGUGCUGGUCCUGGACUAUUCGAGAAGCUCAAAGACGGUGUGGAUGGGUUAUUCCUAGGUAGAUUUGCCCACGACCCGGCUCAGUUCUACAGGACCAUCACAGAAGUUGCUGCUGCUUGAUGAUAGUAAUAAUCAAUUCCCUCGAUAGGUUUUUCUUUCUAUAAGAUAUCCUGAUAUAUGAACGCUUGUGCUCCACAUGCAAAUAAUAUA